CGCGCAUCAUUUGUUUGCACUUGUUUAUUAUAGUGGCAUUAAUAACUCUGUAAACGAUAUUCAGUCAUUCCUCAUAUCACACGCGUAUCGUGAUCUUGUUUAUCUUACACUCAGAUCUUAUAUUAUGUAGAAAAAUUGUCUCGGACGCUACAAACAGUGCCGGCAUUUUUUUAUUCUGCAUAAAAUCAUAUCAUAAUAUGAUAAGCAGACCAAGCACCUUUUGAAAAACGUCAAGAUAAAAUUUAGAUGUUUCUAUAAAAUAUUAUAUUGACUGGUUUAUUAGUGCCAUCAGUUGAUAGCACCUGCUUACCGAAGUAAACGAUGUCACAUACGCUGAGAUGGGUCCUAAUUUUAGCCGCCUCAUUUUUCGCGGUUUCAAAUGCUAAGGCUAAUAUACUGAAUGGCGUGAAACAGAGCAUAAGAAACUUCCCAGACGGCUUCAUGUUUGGCGCUGCAACAGCAUCUUAUCAAAUCGAGGGUGCUUGGGAUGCUGAUGGAAAGUCUGAAAAUAUUUGGGACCGCUUGACUCACAGUAUUCCGUGCAGAAUCAAAGAUUGUUCCAACGGUGACGUCGCUGCCGACUCGUACAAUCGGCACACGAGGGACGUCGAGAUGAUGCGAGAGCUGGGUCUAGAUCAUUACAGGUUUUCCCUUUCUUGGUCUCGGAUAUUGCCUACUAGUUUCCCCGAUGUGAUUAACGAUGCAGGAGUGCAGUACUAUAACAAUUUGAUAAAUGCAAUGCUAAAAUACAAUAUUGAACCAAUGGUUACACUCUACCAUUGGGACUUACCCCAAAAACUCCAAGAAAUGGGUGGAUGGACAAAUCCUCAUGUUGUUGAUUGGUUUGCUGAUUAUGCUCGAGUCGCAUUCGAACUAUUCGGAGAUAGGGUCAAGUAUUGGAUGACAAUGAAUGAACCUCAUGAAAUUUGCAAUGCAGGGUAUGGCGGUAUGGGAAAAGCUCCACAGCUAAAUUUUAAAGGACUAGCAGAUUAUAUGUGUGCUAAAAAUCUCCUUGUAGCGCACGCUAAAGCAUAUCAUAUAUACAACGAUGAGUUCAAGCCUAAACACGGUGGUGUCGUUGGUAUGGCGAUUAGUGCAGGUUGGGCUGAACCAGAAUCUGAAGAACAUGUAGAAGCUUCAAAUGAAGCUUUGCUUUUUGGUAUUGGGCAAUACGCCCAUCCUAUAUACACGAAAGAAGGUGAUUUUCCCCAAAUAAUGAAAGAAAAAGUGGCAGUUAAGAGUGCAGCACAAGGAUACUACAGAUCCAGAUUAAUUGAAUUCACUCCAGAAGAGCUGGAUAUGGUGCGGGGAUCAGCAGAUUUCUUUGGACUAAACCAUUAUACAAGUUCUAUAGUUUAUCGCAGUAACGUAACUUUAGCAAACAACGAAGAUUCUGAUGUGUCCUCGUAUCAACCUAGCUCCUGGCCCACUUCAGCUUCAUCUUGGUUAAAGCAAGUGCCAUGGGGUUUCCAUAAACUCCUGAACUAUAUUAGGGACACAUAUGACAACCCUGUGGUGAUCAUCACCGAAAAUGGAUUUUCUACAUUGGGUGGAUUGGAAGACGAUGAGCGAAUCUCUUACUAUAGAGAAUAUCUUAAUGCUAUGUUGGAUGCAAUUGAAGAAGGAUGCAAUGUUGCGGGCUAUACUGCGUGGAGUCUCAUGGAUAAUUUCGAAUGGUUAGAAGGAUACACUGAACGUUUUGGCCUAUAUGAAGUGGAUUUCACGAGUGCGAAUCGUACGCGCACACCGCGCAAGUCAGCUUUCGUGUACAAGGAGAUCGUGCGCUCGCGGGCUCUGGACCCCCUCUAUGAGCCCAACACUAACGUCAUGACCAUCGAUGAGGGGCAUUAAUUUAUUUUUCUUUUCUACCUUUUUUGUUAAAUUUCCUUAA